AUGCCCCAUGCUGCGUCGUCGCGGCGCUCUGUCAAGUCGCGCGCAACACACAGCACUGCGCCACUCCGGAAGGGAAUCACAGUCAAUAACCACACGGGCGCCUUCGAAGACGAAGACGACUUUACCGACGAGGAUUCGGCCGGCAUCCAGGUAGUCUCAGCCAGCGAGGACGAAUACAGCACCUCUGAGGUGACAGGCUCAGAAGACGACGAGGAAGACGAAGAAGGCGAAGAAGACGAAGACGACGACGACGACGACGAGAGCGAAGAGGAAGACGAAGGCUCGUGGGACUAUAUCGACGAAAUCAACCCCUCCGACUCGGCUUCCCGUCCACGAGUCGUCAAACAUCACUCUGCGCCACAGCACGCUGUCUCACGCCACGCUGUUGCACGCCACGCCAUUCUCCCACCUGCAGUAGCUCCUCCACCUUCACGAGGACCACGUACCAAAGCCUCGCACCGAGAUCGAGCCUCUUCGCGCCACGCAGCGCCUGUACCAGAUCCUCCCUCGCGCCACGAGAGUCACAGCCGUAGCCGUAGCCGCAGCCACAGCAAACUGGAUCGCGCACACAGGCCGAGGCGGGCAAGGCCCCAGUCCGUCCAUCAUCAGGACGCUCUCGAUGUCGAGGAUGACGACGACUACCCAUACCCCCCUCACCCUGGCCACCCUCCCGGCCAUCCCAGUGCUGGUUGGGGCCACAUACCCCAACAUGCUCCGAAUGGCUACGCCCCCAGCUUGAUGUCGGAUCCACGCUUCCCGUACGGCGGCUUCCCAGGCGGCGCACAAUCGCCUGCAGGUCAACUGGUGCCUUUCGGCCACGAGGCACACUCCGCCUACGCUCAGAACCCCUUUGCCCCUAAUGGGCAGAAUCCCUUUACUCAAGGGCCCCCUUCUGCUGGCGAUCCACGCGGCGGCUACUUUCCCGAUUACCAAGAUCCGCGCCAUCAAGACCCACGCCAUCAAGAUCCGCGUCACCAGGAUCCACGACAAGCACGCAGAGGUCAUCGUAACUCUAUGCCGCCGGCACCCCCAGGAGCCCCUGGAGAUAUAAUGCCCUACUCGCAAAUGGGCUACUACCCACCGUACGGCGCUUCGCCCUAUGGCGUGCCACCGCAGCACAUGUAUCCACCUUACGGGCAUCCACAGCAUCCACAGCAGCCCUCCCCACCUCCACAACACCCUCCCUCGAAGCGCCAUACCCCGAAGCCAAAACCUCAGCCUGAAGAAGAACAUCACCCACCUGCUACACCUGCUCCACCUGCUCCACCCGCACCGCCGCCUCAGCCUCAGCCGGCCCAAACCCCGGCUGACCAGAUGCAACUGCAGCUUAUGCAACAACAGCAGAUACAACAGCAGCUUAUGCAACAGCCAAUGCAACAGCCAAUGCAACAGCAACUGAUGCAGCAGCCGAUGCAACAGCAACUAAUGCAACAAAUGCACCCCAUGUCUAUGAUGCCUUCCCCUCCGCCCCCGCCUCCGCAGCCUCCGCAACCCGAUCCAAAAGAAGAGGGCAUGCUCUCCAAGCUCGAGAAGCUCCUGCUGGGCAAGGAGGAGGAAGAGAGAAAGGCGGCAGAAAAGGCGAGAAGGGACGCCGAAUUAGCCAAGUUUGAUCGUCUUGAAAGUCUGCUCAUUUCUCAACAGGAGGCCAAGAUAGAGAAGGAAAAGGCUAAGAAAGAGGCUGCUGAGAAGGCUGCUCAAGAAGCUGCUGAGGCAAAGAAAAGAGGUGAUGAGGACAAGCUCGCCAAGCUCGAGAGCCUCAUCCUUGCCCAGAAAGAUGAACAACUCAAGCGUGAGGCAGCCGCAGACGCAGCUCGUGCAGCCGAGAAGGCAGCUGCAGAUGCGGAGGCAACCAAGAUUGCAGAAGAAAAGAAGGCCGCAGCAGAAAAGGCCGCAUUACUAGUCGAAGCAGCGAAAAAGGCAACUGAAGAGGCUGAGAAGAAAGCGGCCGCAGAAGCUGAAGAGACUAAGAAGGCGCAUGAAAAGGCUCUGGCAGAGGCCAAGGCUGCAGCAGAUGAGCUGGAGAAGGGAAAGAAGGCCGCUGAAGAAGAGGCGGCGAAGCUGAAACCCUCCGACGCUCCAAAAGCCCCGAUCAAGUUCAAGGAUGCCGUUGGCCGCAAGUUCAGUUUCCCAUGGGAUCUGUGCAAAACAUGGAAGGGUAUGGAAGAACUAAUCAAGCAAGCUUUUCUGCAUGUUGAUGUGAUUGGUCCUCACGUGCAUGAAGGCCACUACGAUCUCGUUGGACCGGAUGGCGAGAUCAUCCUGCCUCAGGUCUGGGAAACCAUGAUUCAGCCCGAUUGGGCCAUUACUAUGCACAUGUGGCCAAUGCCCGAACCUCCACCACCCCCACCGGAGCCGCCCAAGGAGGUAUUCCCUCCACCACCACCCCCUCCACCAGAUGCGCAAAUGUUCAUGUCAAGCCACCUUCCGCUCAAAGGAAAAGGCAAAAGGGACAAGAGCAGGAAGCGUGAAUCCUUCUCCCACGCACAUGUUGUGCAAGUGCCUCCUGCCCCUCCGGGUGCUGCAGGAAUGGCUCCCCCACCCCCACCACCGCCCCCUGGGCAUCCCGCUGGUGGCCCGCUUCCUCCCCCUCCUGCAGUCGUCGUCAUGCCCAGCGGUGGUGGCAGCUCGGGAAGUUCUCGCAAGAAGCCCACACCAUCACCAUUCUUCAGAUGGGCUGCCGGUACCACUGCUCGUAAAGAAUCCGUCAAGAAGAAGAAAUAG